GCCACGAAUCAUUUCCUAAGCUACACUAAACUUUAGUCUCUAAUUUCCCCUGCCACAUUGGAAAUCUCGAGAAACAAACAAACACAGAUGCGAAUCAGAAACCAAACCAAAUAGAAAUUCCCCAAUUUCAAUUCAAACUUAUACGCUCACCUUAAUUGGAUUUCGUCGGCUGUUGAAUUUUUAAAGAAUUUGAUUCAGAAUUAACUCCUAAAAUUAUAAAAUUCUCAUUAUGAUCAUGAUAACGUUUCUUCGGAAAUGAAGUUUGCUUCUAAUGACGACGGCCGAUCUCAAGCUCACGAUCCUACUUCUCCGCCGUCUAAAACGACGCCGUCUUCGUCUACCGGUGCUAAUUUGGGCUUUGGCGAGAGAGCUAUCUCUGCAGCUGGCGCUGCCGUUGUCUCCGCCAUCAUCGUUAACCCUCUCGACGUAGCUAAGACAAGGUUGCAAGCACAGGCAGCUGGAUUUUCUAAUCAGGGAUUAUGCGGAGCAGCAUGUUUCGAAACCAAUAUGAUGUUUCCAGAUUUGAAACAAGCAGUCCCUGGUUCUGAACCAUUGUGCACUUUGGAAUGUAAUAGAUACAAGGGAACUAUCGACGUCUUCUAUAAAAUCACUCGCCAGUUGUGGAUUUGUGCAGGAGGGAUUCGGAAGGCUAUGGAGAGGUACAUAUGCAAGCUUAGCUUUGGCUGUGCCAACUGUAAGUCCUUUCAAAGCUUUAAGGGAUUUUUAGCUUUUAUCAUUAAGGUGGGGAUCUACUUGCCUUGUUAUGACAUUUUCAGGAAUUUAUUGGAAGAUUUUACUACUCAAAAUGUUCCAGGCUUGACACCAUAUGUACCAUUAGUUGCAGGGUCAAUUUCACGCUCAUUAGCUUGUGUUACUUGUUAUCCUUUGGAGUUGGCAAGAACUCGCAUGCAGGCAUUCAAAGAUAUACAAAAUGGUGCGAAACCUCCAGGAGUGUGGAAGACAUUAUUUGAGAUGAUCAACCCAAUGAGGGGCACAAACAACCUUCAGAAGCAGCAAAGUUAUCGCAUCUUAUGGACUGGCCUUGGAGCACAGCUUGCUCGAGAUGUUCCUUUCUCUGCAAUCUGCUGGUCAACCCUUGAACCUAUCAGGAGAAGAAUUCUUACUCUCAUUGAUGAUGAAUCUCGAGCAGCCAGUGUACUUGGAGCAAAUUUUUCUGCCGGUUUUGUAGCAGGAACUAUAGCUGCUGCAGUAACAUGUCCAUUAGAUGUAGCAAGGACCAGAAGGCAGAUAGAGAAGGAUCCAGCCAGGGCAUUGAAUAUGACUACGAUACAAACGCUGAGAGAAGUUUGGAGGGAUGGAGGGGUGAAAGGACUUUUCACAGGAAUAGGUCCACGUGUUGCCCGCACUGGGCCUUCCGUGGGAAUAGUGGUUUCGUUCUAUGAAAUUGUCAAGUAUACACUACACCAUAGACGCCACCAAGCUACCGAUUGAAAGAAAUGCUGUCAAGUGCCAUGCAAAAUAAAUGAUGAUAUUGCCUUUCUCUUGAAGAAGUUAAAGUGAAAGGCAGAGUACAGUAAAUAUUCGGACACUAACAGAUGACCUUUUAUGACCUGGAAGCUCUUGGGAAGAAAUUUCUCGUCUAAACCAGCAAUGAUGGUUAGAGUUUAUUGUUUUUUUCUUUCUUAUCCAAAUUCAAAUCUGUUAUGAAGCUCUGUUCACAUUAUCGAGAAAAUGUAAAAAGAUAAUUUACCCACGCCA